UGUACAUACAGACAUGUACAUACAUAUGCACAAACACACACACAUGUACAUGCACACACACACAGACACAUGUACACACACACGCAUACAUGUACAAGCACACAGACAAAUGUACAGAUACACACAUGUACAUACACACAGACACACACAUACACCCAAAAAAAGUUGCAGUACUUCGUUGUUCACUCACAGAGCCAGGUACUGCACUCUAGGGGGAGGCAGAGAGCACAGCACAGUCCUUCCUUUGCUUUCACUGUGGUCAGCUAUUGAGCAGUCUGACGGCUCCCAGUGCCAAAGACAGAUCCGGCCUGAGCUCCAAGCCUGCAAGACAGCCCUGGGGGACACACUCGCCCCCACUAUAAUUUCCACUUGCCAGGAAAGUGAAAAUUUCAGCCCUAAUUUAGGC